AUGCUCUCCGCCGGGGAACGACCUCAGCCUCCGGUCACGCCCGCGAUUGUAAAUCCGUCUGCGGUGCCCGUCAACAAAGCGCGCAUGAUGCCCAACCUCGCCCCCAACGCCGGGUCGUCCUCGACGCCAUCGACCAUGCUGUCCGAAAAGCGCAGCAAGCCCAUGCACGUCCAGCACAUCUGGGUCGUCACAGGGCCGGCCGGGUGUGGGAAAAGCACCGUUGGACAUGGCCUGCAGCGGGAGCUGGGGGUACCAUUCCUCGAGGGUGACGAUUACCACUCAGCCUCCAACAAAGAAAAAAUGGGCAACGGCAUCCCACUCACCGACGAAGACCGCUGGGACUGGCUCAUCUCGCUGCGCAAAGCCGCCACCGACAUCCUCGUCCCCUCCGAUGCCAACAACUUCCGCCCACCCGCCGGCGUUGUCGUCGCCUGCUCCGCGCUGAAACAGAAAUACCGCGAUGUCGUGCGCAUCGCCGCCUAUGGCUCGCCCUCGGUCCAGAUCCACUUCGUCUAUCUUAAGCUCGACGAGUCCGUGCUCAUGCAGCGCGUUCGCCAGCGCGAGUCCCACUACAUGAAGAGCGACAUGGUCCGGUCUCAAUUGCAGGCGCUAGAGGAGCCGCGGGACGAGUGGGAUACUAUUACCAUCAAUGUCGAGGACUCGCCGGAGGAGGUGCAGCAGCAUGUUUUGGAUGCUGUUACGGCGAAACUGUCCGAGUAUCUUUGA